AUGUCUGAACCACAAGCUAAAGACCUUACCCACUUGUUCUCUGUCGAGGCCAAGUCUAGAAAAUCAUCCCCGUUGAAGAGUGCCUUCAUUUACUACGGGAAGCCGGGAAUGACUUUCCUUGGAGGUGGUUUACCCUUGGCAGAAUACUUUCCAUUUGAAACUAUUAGUGCAAAAAUCCCCAAAGCUCCGUUUCCUUCCGGGAUUGGAUCCAAGGUUUCUGCCGACGGUUACACUGACAUAACUAUCGACAAGGUCAAGGGACAGCCCAAUCAAAUCGAGUUGGCCCGGUCUUUACAGUAUGGGUUUACCGAAGGACACACGGAAAUCAUGAAGUUUGUGAAAGAGCAUCACAGACUGGUUCACGGGAUGAAAUACAAGGAUUGGGACGUGAUUGCCACUGCUGGGAACACCGAGUCUUGGGAUUCGGUGUUGAGAACCUUCACUGGAAGGGGAGAAACGAUUUUUGUGGAAGAGCAUACUUUCAGUUCCGCUUUGGAAACCUGUAAUGGGUUGGGUGUCAACACCUUCCCAGUGCCAAUGGACACCGAAGGGAUCUUGCCUGACAAGUUCGAAGAGUUGUUGAACAACUGGGUUGGACCAAUACCCAAGUUGUUGUACACGAUCCCCACCGGCCAGAACCCUACUGGAUCCUGUUUGAGCGGUGACAGAAGAAAAAAGAUUUAUGAAUUGGCUUGCAAGCACGAUUUCCUUAUUAUUGAAGAUGAACCAUACUUCUUCUUACAGAUGGAAACUUACACGAGGGACAAAUCUACUAGGGCCGGUAAGGCUGUUCAUGACCACAAGGAAUUCAUCGAGGCUUUGGUUCCUUCAUUCAUUUCUAUGGAUGUUGAAGGUAGAGUCUUGAGAUUGGAUUCCUUCUCAAAAGUGUUGGCACCUGGGGUUAGAUUUGGCUGGAUUGUUGGACAAGAAACCCUUUUAGAAAGAAUCGUUAGACUUCACGAGGUCAGCAUCCAAAAUCCUUCUGGUUUUACUCAAUCUUUGGUGAACGGAUUAUUGUACGAUUGGGGUCAAUCAGGUUACAUUGAUUGGUUAAUCAAGAUCAGAGAGGAGUACACUCACAAGAGAGAUGUUUGUAUCGAUGCUAUCUAUGACUUCUUACCAUUAGAUUAUGUUAGUUUUGUUCCUCCUGUGGCCGGAAUGUUUUUCACCGUUUACUUUGAUGCUUCCAAACAUCCAAAGUUUGAAGAAUUCGAUAAAGAUGUGUUGAAGAUAGAAAAGAGCAUUUAUGAACAGGGAUUGAAGCAAGGAUGUUUGAUGAUUCCUGGCUCGUGGUUUAAGGUUGAAGGUAACUCAGUUCCACCUCAAACCGAUGUCCACUCUAAUCCUGCCACUAAGAAUUUGGUGUUCUUCAGAGGUACCUAUGCUGCUGUUCCAUUAGAUGACUUGGUACAGGGAAUUGAAAAGUUCGGCAAGGCUGUUAGAAUUGAAUACGCCCUUGAAUAG